AUGCUCAAAGUAGGCUCUGCAUAUGAAGUCCGUAGAUUCGAAUCAUGCAUUGACCAAGACACAGCUUUCGAACUCGCGACUGUAGAGACGCUUGAGCAAUUGAACGUUCACUUAGGCGUCAUUCCAGUGAAGGUGGAACCGAAUCCGGCAUGCAGGUUUCUUUUUGUUCACUCGCUAGGCCAAAAUUCCCGAGAAUGUCUAGAUACGACUCGGGAAAUGUUGUUGCUCGCGUUCUAUUUUCUCCAAGUCAACCCUGAAUUUCUGGACUUCUUGGUCCUGUUUGGCCAUCAAGAACAAGCAACCGACCUUUACUUCAGUGCCUUUCGGCAAAGUUCUCGCCUACUUAGGCGAGAACAAGGUCUGGAGAUACCUGAAUGGUCUUGGUCGGGCUUCGAGCUGCAACUCUGUUACGGCCUGAAAUCGGUAGAAUCUUCCACCAGUCAGAAACUCUCGUCCUGGUCAAUUCGUCACUAUGUAGUACACCAUACAUUCGACAUAGUAUUUAUUAGAGCCAAUUGGAUCCUGAUCAAAGGCAAUAAAGAUAUAGAGCAUCGAAUUCGCACUGCCACACAUGCCAGUGAGUCCAACUUACAAGAUACAUUCGACCACCUGAAUAGCGCUUUUGUUGCGGCACUCGACGUGCAUUUGCUUCUCUGCGACUGGUCAGCGGCAAAUUGGCGACUAUAUAUCAAGUUCUUGGAGAACGAACUCGACCGCCUGACCCAAGGAGUCAUCACGAAAAAUGCAGACAUACCUGUCAAACCCAAAGUAGGUAACGACAUUAUCGCUGCGCUGACCCGCAGAGACACGCAAGUCUCUCUGAAUUCUCAAAGAAACAGACCAUACAAUACCAAUGGCUUCUCUUCCUUCCCCUCAAAAAAGACGUUCACAACUCUAACUGGCAAAAAACAGCCCUUGCCACCAGGGAUGAAGGUGACAGCUUCGGACCGGCCAGAAAAAGACGUUCGCCAGAAUAGUUGGGGCCAGCAAGAAUUUUCGUUCUCUGACAUUCAAGACGUUCAUCACCUGGAGGAAAAGGCGAACGAGACGAUUGCUGUGCUGAAGCUCAAUCUCAAUGUCAUGACACAAUUGAAAGAAUACUAUUUAGACGUUUUCAGCAAUUCGUCCGUCCAUGCAAGUCUCAAAUCGCUCAAAGAACACUGCACGCACGACCUGGACCAUUUCAGAAGCCGAAUCGAGCAGACACAAAGCGACAUCAAGCUCCAUAUCCUAAGAGUGCAAGCGCUCUCACGCAAGAUAGUCGAUCGCAAGGCUCUACUCUCUGCUCUUCUUGAAUUCGAAAAUACUCAGGUCAACAAGCUGCUCGCCUUGCACACAAAGAGGGCUAACGAGAACAUGUUGGACAUGACAAGGGACAUGAAUCAACUUGCGCGCAAAACGAAAACAGAAACCGUAUCGAUGAAGAUCAUCACGCUCGUGGCACUGAUUUUCUUACCAGGAACCUUCGUCUCGACCAUCAUGAGCACCGAUAUAGUCCACUGGAACAAUAACAAGCGCGAGUACCAGAGUGGGGCUUUGAAUGCAUAUGUAUACACAACGUUGCCCAUCACGAGCAUUGUGGUGCUCAUAUGGGGGGUAUGGCAGUGGAUAGAGCUGAAAACUGACAGGAAACACCAAAAACAAUACGACGUGCGUCUCAACGAGCCAGAUACUUGA